AUGGCUUCCUGGGACACUUACGAUCACUCUCGCUACCGUUAUGACGAUUCAUACAACAAGCCACGACGCUCACGAAACGACUCGACGUAUGCCUCCUACACGCUGCUACCUGUCCGAACUUCGGCCACUAACACCUGUCAGNNCCUCGACCCCACCUAUCAUGACUUUACGCAACCAUUUCUAUACCCCUCCAUCCCUACGAGAAGCCGGAGUCGCGCACCCACCAAGGGUAGAGACCACAGUCGAGCACCAUGCCGAUGGCCCCCUCCGCCGUAUGUCGAAGAGGAGGAAGACUCGCUAAGAAGGGAAUACAAGCCUGAACGUACAAAACAUGACCACAUUCCGUCAAGAGGCACCAUCGGACAAGAGCCACUGCUUAUUGAUGUGCCUGACCACAUUCCCGACCGCCGCUAUGUCUGGGUUCCUUCGGCAAGACAAUCUCCUGACACUCAUUCUACGCCUUCCAGCGACGACGAGCGAGCUAGACGCCGCGAGAAGCGCAAAGGUCCUCGGAUAGAAACAACUGGACUCCCUGAGAUGCGAAGAGAAGCUUCACCCUAUGCUUGGUCCAAACCGAAUCCAUCUUCACUUACACCAAAGACGUCAGAAGGCCUCUUUCUGUCGCCAGAGACGCUUACGCCCUCUGCUUCUUACAAGUCUGCGACUUCCGACAAGCCACCUCCGACUAGCAUACCUCGCUCCGACUGGUCUGACCCAAACCAACGUCCACAACAAUCCUUAACCAGAGACGGCACUCCACCACCACGGUCAACUUCACAGCACGUGUACGAAGGACGUAGUACUGCCGAGGCCACCCGCAGUGCAGAAGACCAUAUUCCACAGAGAUCGUCAAAUCGCUAUUCUUGGACCAAGCCAGACCAAUCUCACUCAUCUCCUACAACACCUCUCAAUCCACCAACAGUUGACGGCUCCAGAAGACGUUCGGGCCCGAUAGACGGCUAUCCACUUCCGAACGACUUGUCGCGCAAACCAGCACCUCCGCAAGUUGUCAAUCUGCAGCAGUCUGGACGACCCACUCAACAUCCUCGUCACUCGAGUGAAGGGGCUUAUACCUCUCAGGACACUUUUGCCCCAGUUCGCAAUUCAAGCUCAGACAGGUUAAGAGACAGUUACCCGCCCAGCCUCCCCAACUCGAGACCGACGUCGCGAGGAGGCUCUACUCAAUCUUCGCCACAGCCUUCACCCCGCAUAGUCCACCCUCCAGAAUACCCCUGGAAUAUGGGUUCGGCCGCUUCGACCACCGCCCGCCGCGCACAACCACCUUCUCGUCUUGCCGAGUCGACAGUUCCAAAGACACCUCGUCCCCAGGCAUCUAGAUCUGUAUCCAGCCCGUACUCGCCACUUCCCUAUCCGGAUGACGAUCGUCCAUUUGAGACCAUGCCUUCCGAAAGAGAUCAUCAAUAUUUCGCAGCACAACCGAGCACGCUACUCCCGCCAUUCAGCGAGCCAGUAACACGCGCCAACACUCCGAAACAGCCAACGCCAUCCAGCAAAGUGCGACCAGCUGAGGAAAGGUCUGCAGUAUCUGGUGCAUCAAGACGAGAGGCAUCAAAGUCUGAGGACCAAUCUUCCAGCACAAGGAAAACUCAAAUGGAAAGGCUGCCAGCGUGCAAACGGGUGACAUACAAGACCAAGUAUGAUGACUGGUAUACCCUCGAUGGAUGCCCUGAGUUCAACGUCUGCCCGCGCUGCUUCAAGUUUGCCUUUGACAGGACACAGCUAGGGAUGUCCUUCAAGCUCCUGCCUAACAAUGUGCCCAGGAUGCCCAGGAGAUGCGAGUUUAGCAAUGCUUGGAUCCGGCUUGCAUGGGUUGUGACAGCGAACAAUCGUCACGAUACCCUGAACAUAAUGAUCACAAUCUUCAAUGCUCAAGAGUUUGAAGAGCCAUGCCCAGAGGCGGCAAGAGGAUGGUGCAAUUGGUAUUCAAUUCGCGACAGAGAUGGGCACUUCCUACGGGACUUUAUUGUGUGCCCGUCGGAUGUGAAAAAGAUAGAAACACUUUUCCCAGGGUUCCAAGGUCUGCUUGUACCACUUCCGAUGAGGUAUUCCUAUGACAAAGACGAGGAAAUGCUGGGGCGCUUCUGCUCUCUACGAACCGAACACAAUAACCGGUUCGCAGCCUACAUUGACUGCUUGUUCCAGCUCCACGAAGAUGCAGUGUCUGGUCAGCGGUUGCCUAGCACACAUGAGUUUGUGUCACUUGUCCGACAUAAGACCAGACUCCCCGAAUGCAUCCGUGACGACAAGCUUCAAGGAGUCGACUGGUACUACAUUCCCUCAUUGGCGCCUGCUUUGACUGCGUGCGAUGAGUGUUACCAUGACGUGGUACUGCCAUGGGUGAGGACGAACUCGGAGGUAGCUAUGAGAUUCAACCGAACGAAACAACCUGUCCGCAACGAGGGUAGAGGGGGAGUAUCCUGCCAGCUCUAUUCAAGGCGGAUGCGGGAUGCAUUCCGAUACGCAGUUGACACGAAUGACAUGAAAUAUCUUGCAAGAAAAGCAAAGGACAGGAAAGAAGUGGAAGAAGAUUUUCAGCGAAGAUGCAGAGAGUUGCAAAGACAGGCCGAAGGAGUCAAAGGUCGCAGCGGGUAUGCGAUCAGCUCUCGAGCAGAGCAAGAGUUGUUCCAACUUCAGCGUGAGAUUGAAGCCAUUGGGGAGACUUGGGAAAUGGAAUGGGAGUGA